GCACACCACGCCGCUACCACGCCGGCCCACGUACAGGUUAAGACAUCGGAACCCACCGACGACGGACACAACCGGGAUUGAUUUUGGCGCCCGUCGAAAACGCGGUCCAGUUCUGCCGCUGCUGUGGAAUCCGAGUGACGGCUGUUCGUUUUUUUAUUAUUUGUAUUUAUUUUUACGCCAGUGUUUGUUUUUGCAGUGGGUGAAUUGUGAUUAUAUUUUUGUAUUAUUUUUCGUAACCAAGUGUCCGACUGUGUGCCUCCCCGUCUAUUUGGAUUACGCGCCCGUUUCUCUCUUUUAUCAUUUAUUUAUUUGGAUAUCGGAUCUGUGAUUUUUGGUGUGGUACGAGAGAGGAUUCCGUUUUGCAAAAAGGUGGCCCGGCGUACCAUGAGUCUGUGCUGACGGAAGAUGUACCCGAGUGCUGGUAUGAACGCCGCGGCAGCAGCGGCGGUUGCCGCCGCACGACAUCCGGUAAGGAUAAAUCCCUUGGAAAAAGUCGACACUAACGGGGGGCCGCCCCAGCCUGGUCAACCGUUCAAAUUCACCGUUGGCGAAUCGUGCGACAGGAUUAAAGAAGAAUUUAAUUUCCUGCAAGCUCAGUAUCACAACUUAAAAUUGGAAUGUGAGAAAUUGGCAAGUGAAAAAAUAGAAAUCCAACGGCAUUACGUAAUGUAUUACGAAAUGUCGUACGGAUUGAACGUGGAGAUGCACAAACAGACUGAAAUUGCCAAGAGACUGAACGCCAUUAUUGCACAAAUUUUGCCCUUUCUAUCGCAGGAGCAUCAACAGCAAGUUGCCACCGCUGUCGAGAGGGCAAAACAAGUUACCAUGACAGAAUUAAAUGCCAUAAUUGGGCAACAAAGACCAGAUCUUCCACGACUGUUGCAACAGAUGCACGCCCAGCAGUUGCCUGCCCAUGCGGCCCCACCAAUACCUAUGAUGCCUCAUCCCGGUUUGGGAGCGCCGCCAAGUUCGGCGGCAAGUUUGUUGGGCCUCUCCGGGGCGCUACCCGCCCAGCAUCCCCUGCAGAUGCUAGCCUCCAAGCCCGACAUUCACAGGCCUGACGAUGUCAAGUCCAACAGCGGUAUCAACUCGGCCGAAGAGCGUCACAGAAACUCGAUAUCGCCGGCUGAAAGGGAGAAGUACAGGCCGAGGACGCCGCAAGAGCCCGAGCUGAAAAAGCCGAAAAAAGAAGAAAAAGACCUCGGUCACCAUAGUGACGGUGAAAAAAGUGACCAAGACUUAGUUGUGGACGAUGCCUCUGAAGACCCAGUAUCACCGCCCAACGGUACGACGUCGCCAAGAGAAAAUGGAAUAGACAAAAUACCCAAAAAGGAACAUCCGGGUCCCCAUAGUCCGCGAUCAGGAACGUCGAGCAAUGCGUCGACGCCUUCAACGAAGAACAAACUAGAUCCGGAGAAACCUUCGACGCCCAUUUCCAAAAGUGUCACCCCGACGUCAGCAGCUGGACCUUCAGCUGGAGGCAGCGGCAUGAAACAAGUAGUGAAACCUCCAGCGCUUGGACAAUACCCUAACUACAUUCCCAUUACAAAUGGUGCGUCACCACAUGAACUGCAAGUAGCUGCCGCGGCUGGUUCUUACGGAGGAUUGCACAACAAUCUUCCACCUACUCUUAACAAUUAUCCCAGACCACCACUGCAAAUGGGGUACGAUCCCCAUUCGCAGAUGCGUGCCCCAGUUGUUCCCGGAAUGGGAGGAAUUCCUGGUGGAAAACCGGCGUAUUCAUUCCAUGUGAGUGCUGACGGUCAAAUGCAACCGGUGCCCUUUCCGUCGGAUGCCCUCGUAGGUCCAGGCAUACCAAGGCACGCGAGGCAGAUUAACACGCUCAGUCACGGCGAAGUGGUAUGCGCAGUGACCAUCUCGAAUCCGACCAAGUACGUUUACACCGGUGGCAAAGGCUGUGUAAAGGUCUGGGAUAUCAGUCAGCCGGGAUCCAAGAGUCCCGUCUCCCAACUAGAUUGCUUGCAAAGAGAUAACUACAUCAGAUCCGUGAAACUUCUACCAGAUGGACGGACGUUAAUCGUAGGCGGAGAAGCGAGUAAUUUGUCGAUAUGGGACUUGGCGAGUCCGACGCCCCGCAUUAAGGCGGAAUUAACGUCAAGCGCCCCAGCAUGUUACGCUUUAGCUAUCAGUCCCGAUUCCAAAGUGUGCUUCAGCUGCUGUUCAGAUGGCAACAUUGCAGUGUGGGAUCUUCACAAUCAAACACUAGUGAGACAAUUCCAAGGCCAUACAGACGGUGCUUCUUGCAUAGACAUAUCGGCGGAUGGCACGAAGUUGUGGACCGGCGGAUUGGAUAAUACUGUGCGCAGUUGGGACCUGCGCGAGGGCAGACAGUUACAGCAACAUGACUUUAGCUCGCAAAUCUUCUCACUGGGCUACUGUCCGACGGGCGAGUGGCUGGCCGUCGGUAUGGAGAACUCCAACGUGGAGGUGCUGCACGCUGCCAAGCCGGACAAGUACCAGCUACACCUGCAUGAGAGUUGCGUGCUCUCGCUCAGGUUCGCAGCUUGCGGCAAAUGGUUCGUUUCCACCGGCAAGGAUAAUUUGUUGAACGCGUGGCGAACGCCCUACGGGGCCAGCAUAUUCCAGUCGAAAGAGUCGUCGAGUGUGUUGAGCUGUGACAUCUCCGCAGAUGAUAAAUACAUAGUGACGGGUUCGGGAGACAAGAAAGCAACAGUCUACGAAGUAAUAUAUUGAGGCAGCUCGUCAUGGUGUUAAAAAUGGACAUGGUAAUCAAAAAACGUUCAGUGUAGAUUAUAAAUAAAUUAAAAGAAAUUGUGAUAAUUAAUGUGUAAUAAACGGUUACUGCUUAAAAAUGAAAGAAAAUAAUGGACUAUCACAGAAAAUUUACGUUAUAGUGAUCUGAUGUGAGAUGCUAGAGACUUUAGAUUCAGUGAUCUCCAUGACAUGCUUUUUAAUUAUUUAACGAAUUACUGUAAAUAUUUACGAUUUAUUUUAAGACAAAAUUUGUUAUUUUAACUCAAAUGUUGAUAGAUUGUAAUACAAGGAAAUACUUAAGAUUUUUUUUAUUUUAAUAAAAUUCUCAACUGUCAGUUAUGUAAAUAUCACUUAUAAAUGCAUUUUGCACAUUGUUUUUAUUUGUUAUUUAAUAUGUAGCAAGCAAGACUCGAAAUGCCGAGAUAAGCAGUCGUUCUGAUGAGAAAAUCACACCUCAAGAGAUGUUUUAAGACGUUGUAUUGUAUUUCUACUAGUCGUCGACAUUGUACAGAUGUUUUUAAAAUUCAUUCUCACAAAUAUGUGUCUAUACAUGACAAAUGCAUUUUUAUUCUACUGAAAAAAAAAUUUUUCUUUUCACAUUUUCUCCCGUAUAUUUUAAAAUAUAGUUUAUUAUUAGUACAUGUUUUUUUCUCUUAAAUUAAUAAUAAUGUAUUAAUAAUUAAUUCCUUAUACUAACAAAUGUUGAUACACACACUUUCUAUUUCAUUGUUCAUAAUUACACUAUAUCUUAUUAGAAUUAGCCAAAUGUUACGUGAAUUGUUGUUUGUUUGUAAAAUCGGAUUGUCUCUAUUGUCUUCAUUUAGGCUAGAAGUAGAGUUAGUAUGUGCAAGACAGUAAAGAAUCCGGAUAAUAUAUUUUAAAACAGUCUUGGGGUGUUCCACUGUAAAAAAUUAUUAUUAACGAAACAACAAAUGUAUAUUACCUAUAUAUUUGUAAUUAAUUCUAGUAACUAUAAUAAAAAUUAUUUAAUAAAAAACGUAUCUCAGUGUUGCCUACACGAAUUCGCUCUCAUUUUUUGCAUGUGCAAAAAACCGGUGCAUAUUAUUUCCUCACAGGGAUUAUUGGCUGGCAGAGUUGUUUGUAUUAUAGUAAAUAAUUUGUUAAAAUUAGAGUAGAUUAAUGUAUUUUAAAAUUUGUACAUUUAUUAGGAUUUUGUUGACGCCAAUUUGACUCCUGUGAAGAAGUAGACUGCAUUUUUGUGUAUAUCAUAUGUGUGGUUCCGUUCAGUUAGAUAGCAUUUAUAAUAACAUCUAAAAUUUAUGUUAGAUAUUUGUAGAUAUUUGAAAAUUUAUAUCAUUGUUUUUAUUUAACAUUAAUGUCAAUACAGGAUAUUCAUUUUUCCAAGCACAACUGAUAACUUUUUGAUAUCUGAUACCCAAACACUAAAAAUAAAUUCAAGUGCUGUAAUAGUUUAAUACAACUCAAAACAUCCUUAAAACGUAUCACAUAUGAAAAAGUCUUCAUUUUGAAAUCUUUUUUAUUUAUGUGUAUAAUACGCAUAUAGGUUUUGAUGAUUUGUGCAAGCAGGAUAAUUUUGCUUCUUGCAGAUAUCAUUCCAAAGUGUGUUCAUUCGUUUAUUGACAACAUUUUCUUUACAAUAGACCAAGAAACUGAAUUUACCUGAAAAGACAUGGAAAACAACAAUAGCCCAACAAAAUGUAUUUUAUCAUGCAAUUGGUGAAAUAAACUUAUGUUAUUUGCAUUUUAA